UGCUCGAUAAAAGACUGACAGUCAACUGGCGAACAUCAAGGAGGACAGUGACUAAUAUUUUUAAGGUGUGUUUUUAUUUACAAUUUUUAACUUGCGUUAAAAGUGAGACAAAGAUGAAUAAUAAAAUAAAAAUUUUUAUCGGGUACAUAAAUUUGUAAAAUUAUACAAUAAAGUAAUUAGUAAAUAGAUAAUUUUGUGAAAUCUGUAUCAAAUUCAUCGGGGAAUAUUAUCGGUGUUGUUAUCAUGGAGACUACUACGGAGUACAGUUACGAACUCGAAUAUACUACUGUUAACAUGGAUAACGUAACAGCAAACAUAACUACUUCCCAAAAAACGCAACUUUUAUUAUACGACAUUCUCAUACCAACAGUUGGUGUUUUAGCAAUUUUAUUGAACGGAUCUAUAGUAGUUUCGAGUGGAUUAAUUAUUAAAAAAGGUCAACAACCACGUUCAACAUAUUUAUUUCUUGGGAAUGUUGCUAUGACAGAUUUGGUAACAUCGUUUGCAGUAAUGUUUGGACAAUUAUAUCCGAAAGAGAAUAGGAAUCAUUCAAUAUGUUGCUUCCAAAUUGGAUUGAUCGUUUCAAGUACUUUGGCUUCGGUUUAUUCAGUUGGUUUAAUAGCAAUCGACAGAUUCCUUUAUAUUAUUCACGGUUUGCAAUAUCAACAAUGGGUUUAUCCGCUACGUGCUCGAAUAUUAAUUUUGAUAACGUGGAUAAUUGGUUGCGUUGUUGGUUUUCUUCCUUCGAUGGGAUGGUCCGGCGAUUCAAAUGGCGGAAAAAGAUGCUGGUUCGUUUUGGUUGCACCGAAAGAUUUAAUAUUUUUCACCAUUUGUGUCGGAAUAAUACCUUUAUUAAUCGUAAUCAUUUUAUAUUCAAUCAUCUUGUACCACGCAAUAAGAAAAAUAAAUCAAUUAAAACGUGCUCAAAUUGCCGAUCAUGAAAACAAAAUUGACGUAAAUGAUAAAGGUUUAAGAAUAUUUCGAGGACGCGGAAAUCAAUCGGAUACAUCAGAUGUUGAAGUUGAUCAACCAUCGGCAUCGAGAGAAGAAAAGAGUUUAUUUAAAAAAAUUUUUCCUAAAAAACCCAGCGCUAAUCCAGUAAACAAUCCAAGUAAAUGGAAGGCCAUCAAAGUCGUUGUUUUUACUACCGGGAGUUUCGUCAUCACUUGGUGUCCGUACUUUAUUGUUUCCUUGAUGUAUACUUUAUGUAGUGACCAAGCAGAUCCGUACUGUAAAUCACUUAUGGUCCUCUUAGCCAGUCCGUUGGCUAUUUUAGGAUUUUGUAACGGACUUAUAAAUCCGAUAAUCUACGCAUGGUGGCAUCAAGGUUUUAGAACAUUCAUCACCAAUAAGAUGCAAGCGAUACGAAAUAAUCGAAAAUCGGUUGUUUCAUCAAAAAAUACUUCAUCUACAUCGGGAAAUAGAAAAAUAUCCAAUAUUAGCAGCGAUGCGGCUAAAUUGACUAAAUUACAUCAUCGAACACAAAGCAAAGAAAACAUUAUUGAUACGAACAAAGAGGAAUACGGAAGCGAUAAUAAAUCGUUUACCAAAAGUGAUGCUAGUACAAAACAAUCUGAUUUAUCUUUAAAUAGACGCAGUACAACACCAGAAGGAUUUUCUUAUACGGAAGAAUCAACUGAAUCUAAUGUAAAUACGCAUUUAUAAAAUGUAUUUAAUUUUAUUGAUUUAAUACAUAGUUUGUUAAUAUUUUAAAAGAAAAAAAAACUUUAUUAUUAUUGUGGUCUAGUAUGAUCAACUUUUAUAAAAUAAUAAAAUUAUAAUGUAAUUUUGUAAAGAUCAAAAACUGUACACAAUUCCAGUACAUCUUGUUCGUCGCGCACGUCGUCGCUGUUACAAGUUGAAUAAAAGUGAAUUAUUGUAUUA